CACUUAGUUUAGGUCAUAAUAGCGUCGCGGGAGCACGCAGCCUCGCCAUUUUCGCAGCUCUUUGUGCGCCACUGUCUGCUAAGAGUUUGCGUCUUUUUUAUCGAGCUUUUGGCCCACCUGAGUUUAAAUUGUGUUGCAAAAAAUGCAAGGAAACAGAGGCCCACAGCAGAACCAUGGCCCCAACCGCCCGGGAGACCAGAAAAAACCCGGAGGAAUAAACACAAACGGCCAGCAGCCUGAGCCCAGUGAGCAGACAAGCCCCAAUGAGGCCUUAACCCUGGACCUGCAGAGCUUCAGGAAGCCUGGAGAAAAGACCUUCACCCAACGCAGCAGGCUGUUUGUAGGAAACCUCCCAACUGGAGUUACCGAGGAGGAUAUCGAGAAGCUAUUCGCCAAGUACGGCAAGGCCAGUGAGAUCUUUGUCAACAAGGAGAGAGGCUUCGGCUUCAUCCGGCUGGAGACCAGGAUCAUAGCAGAGAUAGCCAGAGCAGAGCUUGAUGAUACUCCGUUCAGAGGCAGACCAAUUCGGGUGAGGUUUGCAACACAUGGUGCUGCUUUAUCUGUGAAGAAUUUGCCAGAGUUCGUGUCCAACGAGCUGCUGGAGGAGGCCUUCGCCGUCUUUGGUCAGAUAGAAAGAGCUGUUGUCAUCGUGGAUGACCGAGGAAGGCCCACAGGGAAGGGAAUAGUGGAGUACACAUCAAAGCCAGCUGCAAGGAAAGCACUGGAUAAGUGCGGUGAUGGUGCCUAUCUUCUCACAGCCUUCCCUCGUCCUGUUACAGUGGAGCCUUUGGAUCAGUUUGAUGAAGAGGAGGGACUGUCAGAAAAGCUCAUAAACAAAAACCAGCAGUAUCACAAAGAGCGUGAGCAGCCACCCCGGUUUGCUCAGCCGGGCUCCUUUGAGUACGAGUAUGCCAUGCGAUGGAAGGCCCUGAUGGAGAUGGAGAAGCAGCAGUAUGAAAUGGUGGACCGCAACAUGAAAGAGGCUCAGGAGAAGCUGGAGGCGGAGAUGGAGGCAGCCAGACAUGAGCACCAGGUGAUGCUGAUGAGGCAGGACCUGCUGAGGAGACAGGAGGAGCUGAGGAGGAUGGAGGAGCUCCACAGUCAGGAGGUGCAGAAGAGGAAACAGGCUGAGCUCCGGCAGGAGGAGGAACGCCGGAGGAGAGAGGAGGAGAUGAGGAUGCGCAACGAAGAGAUGAUGAAGAGGCAGCAGGAGGGCUUCAGAGGCAACUUUUCUGAAAACAGGGAGCAAGACAUGAGGAUGCAUAUGGGCGGCCAUGGGAUGCCCAUGAACAGAAACUCUCUGGGUGGUAAUUCUGGUCCUGCCGGUACUCCUGGCAUGGCAGCUGAGAAUACUCCAAUGAUGCAGGGGGCAGGAAACAACAACAUGCCUGGAGGAGGCCAGGGCGGCUUCCCCAGAGGCCUCCCUGGGCCGGGGGACUAUGGACCUAAUAAGCAACGCAGAUUUUGAAUCACAUCUAUUUUUUUCCCCCCAUUUUCAUACUCACUGUAAUUUAAAGUUCAGAUAGUGGGCGUUACUUUUGAACUUUAAAAACUGUUGCAUGUAUUUUUUUAAUUUUUCUUUUUAUUUGUACUUUUGAAUUAUGUUUUAGUACUAAAAUGUCUAAACUCUCCAAAUGAGCCAUGUGUUUUUACUUUAUGUCUCACAUUAAUGUAUUUUUCAUAGGGAUAGAAAAUGUUUUUGUCCUGGAUAUGUUGACUUUUCUGGAAUAAAUUCAUGAUUCCCUAAGAA